AUGCACAGCUUCUGCGGUGGCGAUAAACGCUACUGCUCGGACCCCGGGUGCCAGCCCCUCUUCGGCCUCUGCCACGUCCCCAAUAGCAGCACGCUCGGCAAUCCCGCCUGCAGCUGGUCUUCGCAGGGUACCAGUCCGCGCUGUGACGGCCAGUGCGGCAUCGACCACAACAAUGCGCUGUGCGACGCAUCCGCCGCCGCCAACGCGUUCGAGGAGCUGGGUGUAUUCGGAUAUGGGCCAUGUUGCAGCAAGGCCGGCUUCUGCGGGAACACAAGCGAGCACUGUGAGCAGGAGAUGGGUUGCCAGAGCGGGUGUUGGGGAAGUGAUGACGACGAUGGAGCAGCCUCGACGUCGUCGGCGAAUGGGGCGGCGAAUACAGUGACGGUGACGGCCACGGCAACGGCGAGUGCAACAGGUGCUGCGAGAGUGGCGAGAGGCGUGCCAGAGGUUGUUGUUGUGGUGGGAUUGGGGGUUAUGGGGAUGAUGCUAGAGAUUUAA